AACCGUUGCACACCCCUACUUCGUCGAAAGUUGCCCAGCUAAAAUCGACGAUCGCACUGUCAACCGGCUGUCAAAAGCGCAGCUUACGUGCGAGUGUGAAACCGACCUUAUCCUUCUCUACUUCCGUGGUUCUUGCAUCAAUCUGUCACAAAAAUGACUAAGAAGAGGCGUAAUGGAGGACGCUGCAAGCACAACCGCGGCCACGUCAAGGCCGUGCGUUGCACUAACUGCGCCCGCUGCGUCCCAAAGGAUAAGGCCAUCAAGAAGUUCGUGAUCCGAAACAUCGUCGAGGCCGCUGCCGUUCGUGAUAUUUCGGACGCUUCCUGCUACAACUCUUACGUUCUGCCCAAACUCUACGCAAAAUUGCACUACUGCGUAUCGUGCGCCAUUCACUCCAAGGUGGUUCGUAACCGAUCGAAGGAGGCUCGUCGCAUCCGUACGCCACCCCAGCGGGCAUUCCCCAAGGACAUGAACCGCCAGCAGAACGCUCAGCGCAAGUAAGCACAGAACCAGAAUGCCGCCGCCGCUGUUAAGUCGUCGAGUUGCAAAAACCCGAUACCACCAUCCCGGGGUGCGUCGAAUGUCUGGCCCGCUCUCUCUCCCCGGUGACUAGAUCCAGAUUUACAUCCUACCGUUCCGAUUCUUCCGGAAUCCAGGUAAAUUUCCGGGUGGGCAAGUUGGCCAGGGUUCGGCGUUCUCAAACAAGUUGUAUUUGGAUUAACAUGGUCGCUUAAGGAGAGGAAAAAAAACAUUGAAAAUAAGAUUUACAAAACAACCAAAUGUAAACGAGAAA